GUUAGAUGAAAGUAAGUACAUUACGUUGUAGAAUUACGAUAACGCAUCAGGUUCCCGCGCCACCGCUUGGCUAGUGAAAUGACCUGGUUGGGAACGUCCCCCUUGGUUUUUCAAUCGCAUCACCUCCUCUGCUCCUCACCAUCACAUCGGCAGUAGGAUUAUGACCCUCUUUGUUCCAUUAGAGGCAAGUGCUCCUCUUCCUCCAAUCCCAUCUUUUUUGGUGCCCUCAGAAACACCAAACUUGCACCUGCGAAAAGCUAUCAAGGCCAUCUUAAAGGCCAAACGGUUGGUUGUCGUUUGUGGUGCUGGUAUAUCUGUUUCCGCUGGAAUUCCAGAUUUUCGCUCAGAGUCGGGUCUCUUUCAAACAUUGAAACGAGACAACCCGAAAGAAUCAUUGACUUCGGGAAAAGACUUGUUCGAUGCAUCGGUGUUUAACAAUGAACACACGACAUCGAUGUUUUGCCAAAUGAUAGCUCAAUUAUCCGAGCUCUCGCAAGCAGCCAGCCCCACGCCUUUUCAUCAAGCACUCCGAUCACUUGAUGACAGGGGCAGGCUUCUGCGUGUCUAUACCCAAAACAUCGAUGCGAUCGAGCUGAAAUCUGGUCUUUCCUUUGGUGUCCCGGAGUUUGAUAAGAGGCGAGCAAGACCGAGAUCCAAGCCAAAAUCAAUUGGGCCUCCCACCAUUGAUCAACCUGCGACUUCUAUCAGCGCCCCUUGUCCGCAAGAUAGCCCACCACUAACUCCGGGAUCGAGAUACACGUCUCCUGGUGUUGAAGUCCCUCGUUGCAUCCCCCUGCAUGGAACGCUGCAAACGUUGCAUUGUCAAACCUGCAUGCACACCUUCCCACUCGAGAAUUACGUGUCUUCGCUGACGUCAGGAACACCCCCAAACUGCCCCGAAUGCACGCAAAUGGAGGAGACGCGUCAACUUGUCGGAAAGCGUGCUCGAGGUGUAGGAAAGUUGCGACCCAGUGUGGUUCUUUACAAUGAGCUGCAUAAAGAUGGGGAGGGCGUGGGUGAAGUCGCGAGGAGAGAUCUUAUUGGAAGCUCCAAAGGCAAGGGACGGAGCGGCGCGGAUGCUCUGCUUGUGGUUGGCACGAGCUUAAAGGUUCCAGGCACCAAACGCAUGGUGCGUGAAUUCUCGAAAGCGGUACGCGCCCGAGGAUGCACUUCGUCGAAGGAUACAGUAUCUGCGUCUACAGGUCUUGCGACACCGUCACCUUCCCCUGGCAAAGGAUCAGCCACAUCGGCGGACGACUCUCCUAUCAAAUCCAUCUAUUUGAACUUUGAUUUUCCAGGGCCGACACGGGAAUGGGAUGGUGUCUUUGAUGCGUGGGUACAAGGAGAUGCUCAAAGUUUUGCGGAGCUCUUGAUGGAAGAGAUCACAAAAGAAGCUGCCGACAAGGAAGCCGCAUUAGAGAAAAAGCGGAAACGUGAGGAGGACGUUGCUCACUUAGAGAGCUCAGAAGAUGCAGGUCUUUCAAAGAAGAAGAAACCAAAGACAGAAAACCAGAACUCCGGAAAGCCCCCUUCAAAGCGGAAACCCAAAGCCUUAGACACGCCGUCUGUUCGUCCUCGGAAACCCAAGAGCAAGCAUCGGGAAAACAUGGACAUCAGCACCUCAUCUGCUCCGAAGAUAACGCUGGGCAGCUCGAAACUUACAAUCCGAAUUCCACCCCUGAAAGGCCGUUACAUCCCCGAGGUAUGUAUCACCACUCCUGCACCGCGGGGUAUCAAGACAAUCCAAUUUCCUUGCACUCCCCCUACUACUCACAUCAAACAUCGGAUGACACCUUUGUUGUCUCAUUCGGACUACCCACCUUCAGACGCCACGGAAAUAGGACAUGACGAAAGCGAUCUUUCCGAGUUGUCUGGUGAUGAGGUGGCGGGCGAACUUCCUAGACCUGUCAUACGGACUACACAAUAUGGACUUCCUCCCACAGGAGGGUGAUAAUAUAGCCAGCUGUCUUGUAUACUAUCUUUAUUGUAUUUAUGGACCGUACGCCUCGUUAACUUUGGAUAUUCACGAAAUCACAUUCCUUUCCCACGGU